UAGAAAAUUUCUUGAAUUCGAAUUCUAGGAUUUUUGAGCCUUCCUCUCCUGAUGAAUCUGCUAGCAGGUGCUUGAUUUCUUGAAAAUAUGGCAAUUUGACUUGAAGAAUCAAUUGUUCAUAUCCUGGGGUUCUUGGUAAUGGAGGGCCAUAUACCUAUAAUGAAAUUACUUGUUAUAUUCAUUUCUUGUUUGUGGGUGCCCAUGGAAGUUAUUGGCAAAACUAGAAACGCCGCUGCUCCAGCUAGGCCAAAGGUGGUGAACGUUGGAGCUUUGUUUACAUUAAACUCUGCUAUUGGACGGUCGGCUAAGCCUGCAAUUAUCGCUGCAGUUGAUGAUAUAAAUUCUGAUUCUAGCAUUCUUAGGGGCACAAAGUUGAACCUCAUCUUGCAGGAUACAAAUUGCAGUGGAUUUCUUGGAACUGUUGAAGCUAUGCAGCUCAUAGACAGAGAUGUUAUUGCUGCAAUUGGUCCACAAUCGUCAGGAAUAGCCCAUGUUAUUUCCCACGUCGUGAGUGAACUUCAUGUGCCACUCUUAUCAUUUGGGGCUACAGACCCAACUCUUUCUGCUCUGCAGUACCCGUACUUCGUUCGCACUACAGCAAGUGAUUACUUCCAGAUGUAUGCUGUUGCCAAUCUUGUAGAAUACUUUGGAUGGAGAGAGGUAGUUGCCAUCUUUGUUGAUGAUCAUUAUGGUAGAAAUGGGAUUUCUAUAUUGGGUGAUGCACUUGCAAAGAACCGUGCUAAGAUUUCUUAUAAGGCUGCCUUUGCUCCUGGAGCCACUGCAAGUGAUAUAGAAAGCCUAUUGGUUGGAGUGAACCUUAUGGAAUCACGGGUUUUUGUCAUACAUGUUAAUCCUGAUUCAGGUCUUGAAGUCUUUUCAAUAGCAAAACGUCUUGGAAUGAUGGACAGUGGAUGUGUUUGGAUUGCUACAGAUUGGCUUCCUUGUGUUUUGGAUUCUUCAGAUACUGUUAUUCCCAAUACUAUGGAUCUUAUACAAGGGGUUAUUGCACUUCGCCAUCACACGCCAGACUCUGAUAUUAAAAAAAAAUUCACUUCUCGUUGGAGAAACUUAAAAGAUAAAGAAACCCCAAAGUUCAAUUCAUAUGCUCUAUAUUCAUAUGAUUCUGUGUGGUUACUUGCUCGAGCUCUUGAUGCUUUCUUUGAUGAUGGAGGCACUGUUACUUUUUCUAAUGAUCCCAGAUUGCACGACAGCAAUGGGACCUCUCUGAAACUAAGCGCCCUCCGAAUUUUUGAUGAAGGCCCAAAGUUACUCCAGAAACUUGUUGCAACAAACUUCACAGGUCUAACGGGACCAAUACAAUUUGAUUCUGAAAAAAAUUUGAUUCGUCCAGCAUAUGAUGUUCUCAACAUUGGUGGAACUUCAUUGAGGUUGCUUGGUUAUUGGUCAAAUUACUCGGGGCUCUCUACUGUUGCACCAGAAAUAUUAUAUACAAAGCCACCAAACACUUCUACCAGUAAUCAACAUCUCUAUGGUGUUAUAUGGCCUGGGGAAACUACAACAAAGCCUCGGGGAUGGGUGUUCCCAAACAACGGGAAGCCUUUGCAAAUUGCUGUGCCAUAUCGAGUUACUUAUGCUGAAAUUGUGAGUAAAGACAAAGGACCUUUAGGGACCAAAGGAUAUUGCAUUGACAUAUUUGAAGCUGCAAUAGGAUUGCUGCCUUACCCUGUUCCUCACAAAUAUAUUUUAUACGGAGACGGUCGAAGAAACCCUUCAUACAACAACAUUGUUAAUGAUGUGGUGCAAAGUAAAUAUGAUGCAGCUGUUGGGGAUAUUACUAUUACCACGAAUAGGACGAGAAUUGUGGACUUUACACAACCUUACAUGGAGUCUGGGCUCGUUGUUGUUGCUUCUGUCAAAGAGAUUAAAUCUAGUCCGUGGUCUUUCCUCAAGCCAUUUACUUGGCAAAUGUGGUGUUUAACUGUCGUGUUUUUUGUCUUCGUGGGAGCCGUGGUCUGGAUACUCGAGCACCGGACGAAUCAUGAGUUCCGUGGUUCUCCAAGGCAACAACUGAUAACGAUGUUUUGGUUAGUAUCUGUUGAAAUCCUUAAUUGAUUGAGAAUGGUUGUUAGGGAUCCCCCUUUCCAUAGUUAGAAUAUAUUGAUUGAUUUGUUGCAGAUUUCUAUAGAUUAUAGGAUAAUUUUAUUUCCCUUUCUCCUUCCAUCUUUGAUCGAUAAAUAGGGAACCUUGUACCGUACAAAAUUUAAGAAAUAUAGUCCCGUUUGAGUC